AUGCACACACACUUGCUGCUCCUUGCUCUUAUUUCGACUCUUAUUUUCGCACUUCCAGUCCCGACACGGUCUGAUAUUGCCCUAUCAAGUGACAUAUCUAUACUACAGAGGGAUGUUCCGGAAGAGCUCUGUGAUGGUAGAGCCCUGAUUGCAAGAGAUGGCGAGGGACAAGGAGGAGGAAAACCGAACUUGUUCAACAAGCUUGUGUCAAAGUUCCCAUCACGGAUAUUCGGCAGCUCUUCCAAACCGCCUGUGGCAUCGCAUGAGGAGUUGGGGGAAAGAGUAAAACACGCCCACGCAAAGGCUGAGGAAAUGCACAAAGACUCGUUAGCACGUGUUGAAAAAGCGACAGCCACGCAUGCCACUGCCAAGACGAACAAGGAGGCGGACACCAAUCCGCAAACGAAGCAGGCGUUUAGAGAUGCAACAGCCGACCUCGAGAGGGAGAAGCGCGCACAGAGGAAAGCUCUUAGGGUUCUUCAUGCGGCAACCAAGGACAGGGACAAGUGGGUGGCGAAGGACGCGAAAUUAAAGAUGGACACUGCAGUGUAUGAGCAUCGUGAGGCGCGGGCCAAGGGCGAAAGGCUGGACAUUGCGUGGGAAUUUGCGGGGACACAGAAAGAAAGGGACAAGAUUAAGGAGCAGGCUGAAGCGCAGCUAGGAGUUAUAGAAGAGAAAAAGAGGGCUCGGCGCGAGGCGGAGCGUAACGUGUCGCACAAGAAUCACUACGUGUGGAGCUGGACUUCACACGUAUCCAGCCAUUCGGAUAACGGCGCAUCCGAGUCCUUCGAGGUUACCAGAUUGAACCACCCAAAGUCAUCAGGUGACGACGUUGAUUUUGGACGGUCUACCGCCGCCCCAAUCAUUCCGCACGAUCGUCCGCUCAGCGGAUGGCAACAGUCCAGUCCGGUCCGGUCCGGUCCUGGACGGUCCCGGAUGUUUGGCGGUAGUCGAUCUUGGCCCAGGAUGGUCCGGUCCUGGACGGUCCCAAGACUGUAA